AAUUUAUGGUUAAAAAGUUAGAUCUAUUGGACCUCGAGCUCAAGCCAUUCAAUAUGUGUUGAAAUAUAUUGAAUUAGAACUUGGAUUAAUCAAGUCUUGAUCAGAGUUAAUGAGCAGAGAUCUGAAGAAAAUAUGGCAGAAAGCAGCAGGAAUAGAUCACGCAGCAGUAGAAGAGAGAACUCAAAAAUCUUGGAGAGUUUAAUGUUCAAGAACCCUGGCAGGAAAGUAGCAGAGUUUGCUAACUUCAAACCAGAAGAAAGUGAGAGGGAAAAGCGUAAACUUCGUCGACUACAGGAAGAAGAGUAUCAACGUCACUUGCAGAAUCGCACCAUGUACGAUGCUAAUGGUCAUUUAUCAUCCAACGGUCAAGAUCUGUGUGAUUGUUUAGGUAAAGACUGCCCAGGAUGUCACUAUCCAUGCAAGGAAUGCGGGUCAGUCAAGUGCGGACCUGUCUGCAGAUGCAAAAGGAAAUGGGUUUUCGACCUGAUUGAAGAUGAGGGACAAAACUACUGCGUGAAAUACUGACUGUAUUGGAUUCUACUCGAAAGUGAAUGAUGAAAUUGGUGGGACUGGCCAUACUACCAUGGAAGUAACAUCAAUGGAAGUACUUUGGAUAGAGGUUCUGUUAUUGAUAUGGUGGAUCAGAAUAGAUGAAACAGAAGGACUCCCAAGUGUUAUCAAUGUCACAUUCUGGACAUCCACUAAUGAAUGCAAGGACUCUGUGUAAGGCGGCAAUGAGGUCCCCCCCCCCCCCCCUCUCCAAGUGACUUCUAUUCAUCAAAAAGAAAUCCUUGUUUGGGGACGAGUUCAUGAGGGAAGCGUUUCUUGAUUGGAAUCUUCUCAGUAGACUAAAAUGUGUUCUACAUUCUAAUAAUGAAGACAGGUUUGGACUUGGAUGAAACAUGAGACAGGGUUUCGCCUGAAAACAAUUCAUUUAUCAGAAUCAAAUGUGUAAUAUCGGAUGUGCUUUUCUGAAAGCCAGGAAUUGGAUGUAAAUGGAGUCCAUUUUGAUUCAUUAUAGCUGGUUAGGUGUUGAUGAAAGAUUUUAAAAAAAACAUUUCCCGAAUGUAACCCAGUCAUUUGACUGAAAUACCACUUUUUGUACAUUUAUUAGUGAAAGCAAUGCAGGGAAUAAUUUUCCUGGUAUUGCAUCGCAAUUUGCUCCAUAUUUUUUAUAGACUGCUACACAUAGAGCCUUUUGUAUAGCAUGUUUUUACAUAGGACUGUACAUUACUAGGGCUUUUCUCUUAUGACCAAAAAUGCUUUUCAAAUUUGUAAAUCAAAAUUAUUCCCUGCAAUGAGAAAGAUUUGGAUGAAACGUCUCUUAUUUGAUAAAAGAACUUGCUUUCAUGCAGUCAUACCCUUGUAUGUUGCUGAAUUAAUAGAGUAUUAUGACCAAAGAUCAAAGCAGAAUAAAUUGAUUAGAGGAAACCAAAACCCAAGAAGAGAAUCAAUCUUAUUGG